UGUUUUUGUUUGUGCGUAUCCUUUAAAAAGAAAAUGCAUAAUUAUAAGAAUCCAAGUUAUUUCAUGAAGCAGCUUUUUGUUUGUCCUUCUCAAUGGGACUCAUCAAAAUCGACACUUCUUCUUUCUUAUAUAGUACUUUCAAUUGUUUUCCAUCAAGUUUUGCUAAACUCUUUUAGCUAUAUGGAUGCUCUACAGGUAUGAGUUCACAUGCAGGGGAUGAAGAACAAAAUCAUCCUAUGAUGAGUGAACGUAAUGAAGUACCGCGGAUUGGGAUGAAGUUUGAUUCUGAUAAUAUGGCUUAUGCAUUUUAUAGUGCAUAUGCACAUAAACUUGGAUUCAGUGUAAGAAAGCAAUUCAUCAAGCGCACUUCAACAGGAACAGUAAAAAGAAGAACAUAUACAUGUGCUAAAGAAGGAGAGAAAAAUGCGAAUAAAAAAGGGAAGGAGGUUGCUUACGAACGACCAAUUACCAGAAUAGGUUGUUUAGCGGAGAUGACGUGCAAACUACAAAAUGAUGGUUUGCUUGAGGUUAUCUCUUUUGAAGCAAACCACAACCAUGAUUUGGCUCCCACUCCAAUGAAGCACAUGUUGAGAUCUAAUAGAAAGAUGAGUAUUGCUCAGAAAGCUAUUGCAGAUGAUGCUGAAAAGGCCGGGUUACCAAUCAAGUCGGUUAUUAAUUUACUAGCAGUACAAAAUGGGGGUCGGGAGAACAAUGGAUUUCUGGACACAGACUACUACAAUUAUAUUGAUUCUCAGAGAAGGGCUAAGCUGAUUAAGGGAGACGGUCAAGCAAUUAUGGAUUGUUUUCAAAAAGCACAAUCAGAUGAUCCAUCAUUUUUUUACUCAAUGCAGCUUGAUGAUGAUGAUCUUAUUAUGAAUAUGUUUUGGGCAGAUAGCAGGUCGAUAGUUGAUUACAAGUACUUCGGAGAUGUUGUAUGUUUUGAUACAACCUACAGGAUUAACAAGUAUGGUCGUCCUUUUGCUCCUUUUGUUGGAGUCAAUCAUCUGAAGGAGACAAUUAUUUUUGGGGCAGCAUUACUUUAUGAUGAAACAAUCACGUCAUUCAAGUGGUUAUUUGAUACCUUUUUGAAAGCAAUGGCAGGAAAACACCCCAAGACUAUAUUAACAGAUCAGUCAGCUGCUAUGGCCAGAGCAAUUGAAGAGGUAUUUACUGAAACCCAUCAUCGUUUAUGUGUUUGGCAUAUUUAUCAAAAUGCUGCUAAACACUUAAGCCAUGUAUUCCAUGCAUCCAACCAGUUUGCUAGUGAUUUUGGUUCAUGUGUAUAUGAUUAUGAAGAUGAGGAUGAAUGGUAUGAAGCUUGGGAUUCUAUGCUUAAAAAGCAUAAGUUGGAAAACAAUGAAUGGUUGCAUGGAAUUUUCAUAGAAAGAGAAAAGUGGGCCAUGGUUUAUGGGAGAUAUAUGUUUACUGCUGAUAUGAAGAGUACACAACGUAGUGAAUCAAUGAACAAUGUGUUGAAGAAGUACUUGAAGCGAAAACACAACAUGGUGUACUUUUUUGAGCAUUAUGGUCGAUUGGUAGUAGAUAGACGCUAUAAAGAGCUUUUGUCAGAGUUCAAAAUGAGGGACACCCGCCCAAAAUUGAGAGCAGAUGUCGAGAUGCUAAGACAGGCAGCAGAGAUCUAUACUCCUAAAGUGUUUGUAAUGUUCCAAGAAGAAUACCUCAAAGUAUGGGAUUGUACCAUUGAUAAGACUAGCAAAAUAGAAGUUCAGGUGGUGUAUAAAGUGAGAUAUGCUGGUAGAGGUACAGAGCACCAAGUCCAAUUUCAUCUUUCUUCUCAAGGAGUUGAGUGCAGUUGCAGAAAGUUUGACUUUGUUGGGAUUCUUUGUGCUCAUGCUUUGAAAGUUCUUGACAAGAAAAAUAUAAAGCACAUUCCCAAGCAGUAUAUAUUGAAGAGAUGGACAAAGGAUGCAAAAGAUGGACAAAUAAGUAGUUCAACUCAAGUUCAGGGAGGGUCUAAGGACCUCAUUGGGAAGCGUUACUUGAAUCUUAAUUACAAUUUUCGAGAGAUAUCCACCCUAGGAGCUGAGAAUGACACUAUGUAUGAGCACACAGUUGGAGUACUUUCAAAUUUGCUAAAAGAUCUGCAGGAGAUGAAAAAAAGCACACAUGGUGGAACUUCUGAUGAGGCAUUAUGCUCAAAAGAUGAACAAGAUUAUCCAAUUGUAGCUGGAGUUAAGACCAAAGCUACAGUUGGACGACCAAAAGGCAGAAUGAAAGGUGCAUUAGAGCGCGGAAAAAAUCAUAAAAGUCAAACAAAGCCACAGGGUAAAAAAGUGAAAACGAGUUCUUCUCAACAAGUUUACAGUAAUCCUGAAGUUAAUGGUCAAAACAGUCAGGUGGUGAUUGAGCAAUAUGAAUCUCAAAGUUCGAUUACUAGACCAACAGGAUAUAUUCAUGAAGAGCAUUUUGACUUGACAAUACAUUCCAAUAAUAUGUCAUAUACUCAAUUGUUACAGGAGGCAAUAGCAAAUUCUCAUUAUGAUGAUCCAAAAGUGUGAAAAUAUUUAUUUAUCAAGCACAAUGGAAUAUUCUCCAUGUUUUCUUUAUCUGAAUAUUUGGAACACAGUUUCAAUCCUUUUUUGGGGGAAUCCAUGGUUGACAUUUGAGAGUUUUUGCUAUAAGAAUUCUGUUGCAAUGAAUUAUUGAGAAGUAGUUCAUUUUCACUUUGUUUGUCAUCAAGUAUUCACUUAGUUAAUAUAUCAAAUUUUGAUAUUGAAUAUUGAUUUUUGUUAAAGUUGUUAUAAUUAGUCAAUUCGUCGAUUGAUAUUGGAAAGACAAUCAUACUUUGCAAUCUACCAAAAUUGAUGGAUUAAUUGAUUUUACUAAGCAUGGCAAAAUAACACUUCUUUCUCGUGCAUGGCAAAUUCAAGGACUAGGAGCAGAGCAAUUAGCCAGUCAAUGAAUAGGCAUGACCUAGCUCAUUUGAAGUCCACUGAAUUAUAAAAUAAACCAGAGUAUACCACUGCAGCUUUUGAUUCCAAUGAUCAAAUACACAAACAUAUAUAUUACAGCUGUGCGGCUUUAUGCUGCCGUUCCGUGCCGUCAAAAGCCCCGUUCCGUCAAAAUUAUGCUGCCGUCAAAUUGUAUUUUUUAUUUUAUUAAUUUUAAAGCAAUAAUAUAAGCAUUAAAAAUAAAGGGGGAAAAAGAGGUGGAAGAACCAACUAGGGUUGGACCUAAAAAUUUUCCUUAACUAUUUGAUAUGGUAAUAAAAAAAUAAUAAAAUUAUAAUUAUACAUUCAUCUCACCACCACCUUUUUCAAAGCCAAGAAAAUUAGCUAAAAACAAUACAAUUUCAUGAAAAUA